AUGCUUGCACCAGAUGGUGUGCUCGUACUGGGCCUCUAUAGCCGCUUCGCACGGCGCAGCAUCCCGGUGAUGCGUCAGCUGGCUCGAGAAACAGCACCUGAGAAGUUUCGGGAUUGGCUUGUCCAAGGUGGUGAGCUCUCAGGGCGUUCAUUGAAUCAUGAGGAGGAGCAGUACAAGAAUGAGUUCUUGUUGGAGUUUUCGUUGGGAUCUCGCAGUAAUUUUGAGGAUCUUUUGUUCCACCCGGUGGAACAUGUCUUCGAGCUCCCCGAAGUGGAGACCUUGCUUUUGACCGCUGGGCUUCACUUCACAGGUGUGCGUGUUCCCACUGGAAGUCAUGGAGUGGCAGACCGUUGGGCACCCUUCUUUGCGCCCGAGCGGAAGCACAUGUCUGGAUGGCCUCAGAUGCCAUUACUGGCAUUCUUGCAUCGUUUGGAAACUGAGAUGGAGCCUUUGUUGUUUACCAACAUGUAUGUCUUUACAGCUUCUCAUGGCCCUCAUAGCCACAAAUCUGCGAUUCUACCAGGUGCUUCUCGAUGGGUCGGCGAAGAUACCCCAGAACCUGAAGCUUUGCCGCUACCGUUUGAGGAAGAGUGGCCUCGCAGUUUGCUGCAACGGGCAGUUGUCACCUAUUGUUCGCGUGUGCUUCACUUCGUCAAUGGCACGACGUCAAGCUGGACUGCGCCGGCUCCCGUCGAUGCUUGGCUUGAAGCCAAAGUGGCGUUUGGUACCCAUGCAGCUCGCGUGGCUGGAGCUUUACAGACCAUCGAUGCGGCACUGGAGUAUUGUUCUUUGCUGAAAUCUCAUUUUCGAGUGGCCGACGAAGCUUGA